AUGCCAGCCAGUAAGGAUAGUGCAGUUCCAUUAUUUCAAACAACAAAACCUUUCGAUAUUCCAGUAUCAACUUGGCUAUUUUAUAUUCGUGGUCUCGAUAGUCUUUUCGACUAUGGUAUUCCACUACUUGAUGUAAAUAUGAUGGUUUUGUUAGAGGACAAUAUUUAUAAAAAUUUAAAAUAUUUCAGGAUACAAACAUCAUCUGAAUUACAAAAUCUUCAGCAACAACUAGCUGAAGCGAUAUCUACAACGGGAGAAAAGAUCACAGAUAAACCGACAAUUAAAUAUAUUAUUGUUGAUUGUGUUUAUUGCAACAGUGAGGGUGUAGUAAAUAAUGAUUUUGUUAACAAUUUGCAGAAACAAUUCAACACUACAAUUCAACAAGUUGUUGCAAGAGAUCCAAAAGUUUUAGCAUUAUCUUUAACAACUCCAUCUAUUCAUCACCGUCAACGACGAGCAGUCGCUGUAUGUAUAGUGUUUAAAUCUAACGAGCAUUAA